UUCAAUAGGGCUGUUGUGUGUUGGUGAGGAGAGAUUGCAGCUAGCCCUGGGAAAUAUUCAGUGUGGGAAGCAGAAAUAAUACAGAAAAAAAUAGUUUUACUAAGAGUGCCGUGUUAAUGUGAGGAAUUUGGUGAAAGCAUUCACGAAUCGCAAUAAGCUGCAUCAUUUACCGCGGAUCCAAGGAUACGUCAGGAUGAAACGGCUCAGGUCUUCAAGCAGCAGUGACAGCUCUGACAACGAGAGUCCUUCCACCUCCUUCUGCUCCUCUAACAAGUAUGGAAGUAAACCUGGAACCCCUGCCUCCGUGCCCAAGAAACCAGCAGAGGUGUUCAGGAAAGACCUGAUCAGCGCCAUGAAGCUGCCAGACUCUCACCAUGUCUCCCCUGAAGACUAUUACCUGCUGGGGGACACCUGGAGACAGGAGUGGGAGAAGGGGGUGCAGGUGCCGGCCUUCCCCGAAACCAUUCCACACGCCUCCAUCAGGAACGUAGCGGAGAAGCCCAAGGAGACGUUGUUCACCCUCCAGAAGAGGUAUAUCCAGUGCUGGACCUCUACGGAGACGGGUUACGUUAACAUCAAGGAGCUGGCUGAGGCCAUGUGCUCUUAUGACCUGGAUAACAUGGACCUCUACUGGCUGCAGGCACUCAACGCUGAGCUGGGACACAUGGGGGAGGGGCCUGUAGACGAGUUGACGCUGGAGCGCACCAUGGAGGCGUUGGAGCGUCAGUGCCAUGACAACAUGAACCACGCCAUCGACACGGUAGAAGGGCUGGGCAUCGAGUACGACGAGGACGUCAUCUGUGACGUGUGUCGCUCCCCCGACAGCGAGGAGGGCAACGACAUGGUCUUCUGUGACAAAUGUAACAUCUGUGUUCACCAGGCGUGUUAUGGUAUAGUGAAGGUACCAGAUGGUAACUGGCUGUGCAGGACGUGUGUCCUGGGCAUCGACCCCCAGUGCCAGCUGUGCCCCAUCAAGGGAGGGGCGAUGAAGGCUACGAGGGCGGGCACCAAGUGGGCACACGUCAGCUGUGCCCUGUGGAUCCCUGAGGUGAGCAUAGCGUGUCCAGAGAGGAUGGAGCCCAUCACCAAGGUGUCUCACAUCCCCCCCUCCCGCUGGUCUCUCAUCUGCAGCCUCUGUAAACUGAAGACUGGAGCCUGCAUACAGUGCUCAGUGAAGAACUGCACCAUCCCGUUCCAUGUGACGUGUGCCUUCGAGCACAGCCUGGAGAUGAAGACCAUCCUGGAUGAAGGAGACGAGGUGAAGUUCAGGUCCUACUGCCUGAAGCACAGCAAGCCCAAGAACCAGGCCUCCUCCGACCCACCAGCCCCCGGCCUCAGCCCCUGUCAGCCAGCCCACAGCAAGCAGUCCAAGGCAGGGGAGCCAGGCUCCGGUCUCAGUCCGGCCCGGCCCAAACCCCCCGUAGACCCAGAGAGGGGGGGCCUGAGGGCCCAGAGGUUACUAGAACUGGAGGAGGAGUUU